AUGGCCGUCGCGACUGGCACGCCUUCAACGGUAACUCCUGUCGUAGUGCCUAGUCCUACACCUAAUACUGGAAGUAUUCCAGUUCCUAUAAAUAAGGAACAGGUCAGGCUGCUACUUCUGAGAUGGAAUGCCUUGAAGAGAAAGGGAGCACGCGAGGACUCUAACCCUGAAUUAGCAGAGAUCACUCGUGUUCUCAAAGAUAUUUCAAAUGCUCAGAAGCUAUAUAAAGUUCGAGAAGACAAGAUUCAGAGCUUACGAAAAGAUUCUCGGAUCGAGGAACUCAAACCUUCAACUUCGACUUCAACUGGUGAUGUUACUGGUGACAACGCGAGUCAAUCAUCUAACAAAUUAGAUGUUCUUCGUGCUCAGAUCAAAGCGUUCCAGAUUUUAUCCCGUAACUUGGACGUGCCAGCUGCAUUGCAAAGUGUCUUGGUAAACUCGGUGACUGAUGACUUGAAUGAUAGAGUACAACAACAAGUCAAGGAAGAAGAAGAGCAACAAAAGGCAGAGAAACAAGAACAAGAUCCUCGUUCGUCUCAUUCUAGAUUCCAAAAGUCAUAUGAUCGAUUAUUUAAACAGUAUGAAAAACGACUUCGUUCUGUGGGCGGCAAGGCAGAAGUGGUUAUUCGUAACCGACUUUCAUGUCGAGUAGCCGAACUCGAGCAUUUACCAGGUAACUUAGGUACUAUCGACACCAAAUCUAUUGACUACACACCAGACGAUGAGAUUAGUGCUAGCGAAGACAUACUCAAACUCAAAGCGGUUAUCGAACUCAAGGGUUUACGGCUAUUGACCAAACAAAAGAGUCUGCGUCAGCAUAUAGUGUAUAGUAUUGGUGCCAAAACAGAUCCACUAGCGGAGAGUAUGAUGAGUAGGUCUCUUAAUAGACGAAUCAAGGUGCAUACUGCUCAGGAGAUGAGACUCACAGAACAGCUGGAAUUACAACAGAGAAUGGAACGGGAGCGUAAACAACGAGAAACACAACUGUUAUAUGUUUCUGGUGUAUGUAGCCAUUCCAAUGAGGUGGCUAACUCACAGCAACAACGACAAUUCCGCAACUUUACUCUGUCUAAAUCGAUAAGUCAAAUGCAUAGUCUGAUUGAGAGAGAGGAAUCCAAGAGAUCAGAAAGAACUGCGAAACAACGUUUGCAAGCACUUAGAUCCAAUGAUGAAGAUGCAUAUCUUAAAUUGCUGGAUCAGACCAAGGACACUCGUAUUACGCAUUUGUUGAAGCAGACCAAUUCGUUCUUAGACUCAUUAGCACAAGCUGUUAAAGUUCAGCAACAGCAGGCUGGCGUGCCAAUGGCAUCUCAAGCAGAUGAUGACUCUGAAGGGAAUGAUAAAAUCGACUAUUACGAGGUUGCUCAUCGUAUCAAGGAGCAAGUUUCCAAGCAGCCAAGUAUUUUGGUUGGUGGUACGCUGAAAGAGUAUCAGAUCAAGGGCUUACAAUGGAUGGUUUCUCUUUAUAACAACAACUUGAAUGGUAUCUUAGCCGAUGAAAUGGGUCUUGGUAAGACUAUCCAAUCUAUCUCACUGAUUACGUACUUGAUUGAAGUCAAGAAACAGCCUGGUCCGUAUCUCGUUAUUGUGCCUCUUUCAACCUUGACCAACUGGACCUUGGAGUUUGAGAAGUGGGCUCCUGCUGUUAAAAAGGUAGUGUACAAGGGACCACCCAAUGCUAGGAAGGCCCAGCAAGGAAUUAUUAGAAUGGGUGAUUUCCAGGUCUUGUUGACGACAUAUGAGUACAUUAUUAAGGACCGUCCAAUUCUUUCGAAGAUCAAGUGGACCCAUAUGAUUAUCGAUGAAGGUCAUCGUAUGAAAAACACCAACUCUAAGCUUAGUUCAACUCUUACCCAGUACUACAGUUCUAGACACCGUCUUAUUCUUACCGGUACACCUCUUCAGAACAAUCUUCCUGAGUUGUGGGCUCUGUUGAACUUUGUCUUGCCAAAGAUUUUCAACUCUGUGAAAACAUUCGACGAAUGGUUCAAUACACCAUUUGCUAAUACCGGUGGUCAAGAUAAGAUGGAGCUGACUGAAGAAGAGACUCUACUUAUUAUCAGACGUUUGCACAAGGUGUUAAGACCGUUCUUACUGAGAAGAUUAAAGAAAGAUGUCGAAAAGGAUCUACCAGACAAGGUUGAAAAGGUCAUCAAAUGUAAAAUGUCAGCUAUCCAAGCCAAACUGUAUGAACAAAUGCUCAAGCACAACAUUUUGUUCAUCGGUGACGGUGGCAAGUCAAAGAUGUCAGUCAAGGGUCUUAAUAACAGAGUCAUGCAGCUUCGUAAGAUUUGUAACCAUCCUUAUGUGUUCGAAGAAGUUGAGAAUAUCAUUAAUCCUACUCGUGGCAACAAUGAUAACUUGUGGAGAGUAGCAGGUAAAUUUGAACUGUUGGACAGAAUUUUCCCGAAAUUUGUUAAGACCGAUCACAGAGUAUUGAUGUUCUUUCAAAUGACGCAGAUUAUGGAUAUCAUGGAAGAUUACUUGAGACUUCGAGGCAUUCAAUAUCUUCGUUUGGAUGGUAGUACCAAGGCAGAUGAGCGUUCCGAACUGCUCAAGUUGUUUAAUGCACCCGAUUCCCCAUACUUUUGUUUCUUGUUGAGUACCAGAGCAGGUGGUCUGGGUCUUAAUUUGCAGACUGCUGAUACGGUUAUCAUCUAUGAUACAGAUUGGAAUCCUCACCAGGAUUUACAAGCUCAGGAUCGUGCACACCGUAUUGGACAGACCAAGGAAGUGCGUAUUUUACGAUUGAUCACCGAAGACUCUGUUGAAGAAGCGAUUCUUGGAAGAGCACAUUCGAAGCUUGAAAUUGACGGAAAGGUCAUUCAGGCUGGUAAAUUCGAUAACAAGUCGACAUCAGAAGAGCAAGAGGCGUUCUUACGAUCAUUGCUAGAAGCAGAAGAACAGCGUCGUGAGCAGAAAGAUGAAGACGACGAAAUGGAUGAUGACGAGCUUAACGAGAUCUUGGCUCGAAGUGAGGAAGAACGUGAGUUGUUCAACAAAAUGGAUGCCGAACGAAAUGCUACUAGCGAGUAUGGCAAGGACAAAGAGCGUGAUCGAUUGUAUGGAUAUGAUGAACUUCCCGAGGAGUAUCAACAAGAUGUCACUCAAUAUUUGGAACCUGCAAAGGAGAAGAAUUUGGGCAGAGGAGCUCGUGAAAGAAAGACUGUUUACUAUGACGACGGUCUUACCGAGGAGCAAUGGCUUGAUGCUGUUGAUACCGAUGCUGCUGCUCUUGAAGAGGCUAUUGCCAAGAAAAGAGCUCGUAUGGAGCGUAGGCAAGAACGCAAGAGUAGAUUGGCAGCUGGACUUCCUCUUGAGGAUGAGACUUCAGCUGCUGAUGACGACGAUGACGACAAGGUGAAAUCUAAUGGAGCCAGUCGUAAAAGAAAGCGUAGUCGUAGUGUUAAGGAUAAUUCUAGCGAGCCUGAAGACGCCGAUGAGGAGCAGGUAAACAAUGAUUUUGAUAAUGAUGACGAUGAUGAAGCUGAACAAAGUCGACAGACUAAGAAGUCCAAUACUCGUAACGGCGAUAGUCGAAGAGUAUCAACAAAACUCAAUGGAGCAGGUGCUGACCCACUAGCACCUAAACAACGAGCUGCACUUACCAAAGCCAGUUUAGAGCUUGUUGAAGUUAUCACGUCAUCAGUCGAAGACGAAUCAGGACGAGACAGGUCGGCCAUUUUUGCAGAAUUACCACCUAAGUCCAUUUAUCCUGACUACUAUGUCCUUAUCCAAGAGCCCAUUGCAUUGAACAUCAUCCGCAAGAACAUUCGGAACAAAGUGUAUAAAACACUUGAAGAGGUCAAAUCCAGUUUCGAUCUCAUGUUUGCAAACGCUCGUACUUACAACGAACCAGGAUCGUUCGUGUAUGAAGAUGCCGAUGUCCUGGAUAAUCUUAUUUCAGAAAAGUACGCCGAACUCAAGCCGAGUCUCGACAAAGUGCUUGACAGCGACAGCUCUAGUUCAGCCGUUAAUGGUGGUGUCAAAGAAGAAGAGCAUGAAAACGGCUCGGUCAAAACAUCCAUGCCUACCCUGAAAAUCAAACUUUCAAAAGGUCGUGAAGACGAGUAG